GUAAACGUACAGAGGACAGAGAUAAUGGGACAGCCUUUUGUUAAGGAUCACUAGAAAGGUUGCAGCCAUGGGCCCUGACGCUGAAUCUGUCCCUAAAACAUCAUCUUCAGAUGAAGGUCCGGGAGUAAUCGUCGUCAAGGUGAUCUCAGACUCAGAUUCGGACGAUGCAUCGUGCACCGCCGAGAACUCCAAGCAGUCGGAGAGCAACCCGGCGGACAAGUGUCACCCCUGCUCCGUCUGCGGCAAGGUGUUCGACAGGCCGUCCAAGCUGGAGCGACACAAACCGGUCCACACGAGGGAGCCCAAGACCGUUCAUCAGUGUGAGCACUGCGAGAAGAGUUUCACGCAGCAGGAGAAGCUGAUCCGACACCAGAGCUGCCACAAUCGGACUAACAAACACCCGUGUCCCGACUGCGGGAAAGUGUUUAACAGGCCUUCCAAGUUAGAGAGGCACAAGCGCACACACUCCAAGAAACCCAAGGUGCCUCAUCAGUGUUCGUUCUGCAUGAAGACGUUCAGUAAACUUAACAAACUGGUGCGUCACAAGCGGAUGCACACGGGAGAGAAACCUUUCACCUGCUCGGUCUGCGGGAAAGGAUUCUCCGAGUCCGGUCACUGCAAAGCGCACGAGAAGACGCACCAGGAGCAGCCGGAGAAACCCCACCGCUGCGCCGACUGCGGGAUGUGCUUCUUCAAGGCGUCGGAGCUGCGUCGGCACUUCCGCUCCCACACGGGGGAGAAACCGUUCAGAUGCAGCCUGUGCGAGAGCCGCUUCUCCCGCUCGGAGGGACUCAAGAGACACAUGAGGAGCCACACGGGGGAGCGGCCGUACAAGUGCAUCGUCUGCGACAAGGGGUUUUACUCGCGUCACGAUAUGAACAUUCACGGGCUGACCCACUCGGGGGAGAAACCGCACCUUUGCCCCGUGUGCGGGAAGGGCUUCUCGCAGCUCGGCAACAUGAAAGAGCAUGAGCAGAACGUCCACAUCAAGUCGGAGAAGUACAUCUGCAACUUGUGCGGGGCGACGUUCACUCGGUACAAGUCGCUGACGAAACACCAGCGGACGCACACGGGAGAAAGACCCUACCUGUGCCUCACAUGCGGCCGCAGGUUUUCAUGGAGCCACUCUCUGAGCAGGCACCGCAGGUCGCACGCGCACAGGCAGAUGUCGAUGGACGCAGCCAAAGACACGUCGAGUUUUGAAGCGCCCUCUGAGAAUCAAGCAGCUGUUGAAGAAGUGAAAUCUUAAUGAAAGUUUGAGCUGAAAUGUACCAAUUUGUAAGACAUUAAAAUGUUGUUUUGAGGCUUUUUUUUUCA